AUGGCCAGCGACGUUGGUUCUCCCCGAAGGGAGCAAACACCUUCAGGAGCUGCCACAACAAUCCCUCAGAAGCGCGCACUCGAAGACGACCAUAGUCCAGCGGUUCCAUCCCCCCUGAACCCCGAAAAUAAAGCCGCUCCAAAAGUUCAAAUACAAGCACCCGAGGAAACCCAACAAGCAGCAGUUCUGAACCGCGAGAAGAGAACAAAGAAGGACUCCUUUAAGAAGAGGGAGGCCAAGGCAGCGGCUGGUGGUUCCGACAGUUCUAGAGCAACUCCCGACCCCAAGCAGCAACACAAGGAGCCCUCCAUCAACGAACUGCUCCCUGCGCGCUACAAGCUAGCUCCGCCCAAGCUCACUGAUUUCGAGCCCGCUCGUGGUCCGGUCUUCAACAGCCAUCAUGAAGUUCAAGGACCUGAGGGCGAGACGAUAGAGUUUUUUGAUGCUACAGAACAUGUUUUCAAUAAGAGAGCAUUCCAUUACACCCACUGUAUAGCAGACCCGACCUUUCCCUCGAUGUUCUAUUAUCGGCAGACCGAGACAGAGCCGUACGCUGCCCACAUGGCCUUUGAGGACUCUGCCUCUCACGUAUACUUCGACCGGCAGGGCCGUCAUGUCACAACCGACAAGGGCUUCCGUAUGUCACGAGCCAACGUGGCCGUGCGCGAGGGCAGAUGGUACUGGGAGUGUAAGGUAACUAGAGGCACCCUACGCGAGCCAGGUUCUGAAGCGGAUACCAAGGCACAUGGGCACGUUCGCUUGGGCUGGGCGCGGCGUGAGGCCUCUCUCGACGCUCCUGUCGGCUUCGAUUGCUACAGUUAUGGCAUUCGCGACGUGGAAGGACAGAAGGUACACAUGUCGCGGCCUAAAGACUUCUUCCCGCCCGGCGAGGAGAUCAAAGAAGGCGAUGUGAUCGGGCUCGAGAUCCAGCUUCCGUCCGAGCACCUACACAGGAAGAUUGUAACGGGGCAUUACAACCCUGCGGUGGAUUUGGCAGACGACGAACCGUCGUUGGAAGCACCUAACAUUAUUCGGGACCGGAUUCCCAUUCGGUUCAAGCAGCACAUCUACUUCGAAAAGAUCGACUACCACACUACCAAAGAACUAGAAGAUCUCUUCAGCCCGGCUCCGGUAACAUCGGCAGGCUCAAACUCACCCGAACAACCAAACCCAAAUCACCCCUUGCCAUCACUACGGACACUACCAAACUCGUACAUCAAGAUCUACAAAAACGGAAAGGACAUGGGCACCCCCUGGACGGACCUCUUUGCCUUUUUGCCACCCGCCUCAAAACAAAGCACGCAGUCAGGGGCACACGCCGGCAGGGAAGCCCUCGACGACGGAACCGUAGGUUACUACCCAGCCGUGAGUGUCUUCCGCGGCGGCGCCGUCGAGGUUAACUUUGGCCCCGACUUCUGGUUCCCGCCACCCGGCUCUGGUCUCCCCCAGAAGCAGCAGAACGGGGUAGGCGGCGAUGAGGACGACGUGGACAUGCUCGACGACGGUAGUGUCCUGAAUCAAAAACCACUAUGCCCGGUAUCGGACCGUUACGAGGAGCAAAUAGUUGAAGAUAUCGUUUACGAUAUCAUUGACGAAGUCGGCUUCUGGGCCCAGGACGGCGGCAAGGUGAUUGACCGGUUCAAUUUCACGGCGAAGGACGCCGAGAAGUUGCUGGCGACGGGUGGUGGCGGGGCGCAGUUGUUGCCUGGCGGGAGGGAGGAGAUCAAGGAGCUUGUCCAGGACGAUUAG